UUUAACAUGUGAGUGAUGAGUUGUACCGAAAAUGAAAGUGGCCCUUUUGUCGUGUUCUUCUUACCAGCGGUCGUUGGCUGUCUGACUAUACUUUUGGCUCGGCGGUGGGCAAACUCACAGGUGUCGAAUACAUCAUCUACUGCCGUGUCGAGACGGCGGAAAAUCAUUAAAGACCCGCUUAUUAAGCGGCCCCUGCCACCAAUAGCCUGCAAAAUGGUCGCACCAGGGUCUAAAAAGGCGGCAGGCUCCUCCAAAAAGGGUACACUCCCAAUUCCAGAAGAAGAGUUGAAUGGAGCCAGUAAACGUGUCCGCACAACUCGUGUCACACCGCCUGUGACAACUGCACCUGAAGUCAGAUUAACAGAUGGUCCGGUCCCUCCUAAACAUAUACCAUUUCCAUAUAUACCACAGGACGGAGAACUGCUGUUUGAAAUGAUGACAUUUGUAUUUACGUUAGUAGCGACGUGCCUACAGCUUCUCAACUUGUAUAGAACGGCAUGGUGGUUGCCACACUCGCAGGUCACUGAAGCCAUGCACUUCUAUCUAAUCGACAUAAACUUGGUGGCAUUCAUAGUGGUGGUAAUUAGUCGACGACUGCUAUUCAGUCUGACGCUAGCCGUGCUGAGAGGUGUGCUGCCAGCUAUACUCCUACCAAAUACCUUCAAACCUGCGAAGGGAUUAUUACUGGGAAUGAUUGGCGGUGUGCUACUCUACCUAACGUACACGAUGGUUUAUAAGUAUUCAUUAAUCAAGAUAUUCUUCUUGCUUUACCCCGCAGUGGUGUACCUGCUCCUGUUCGGGCUGGACUCGUCGCCGUUCCUGGAGCUGAGCAACCCGUCGGCGCCGCUGCACUGCUGCUCGCACGAGCCGCACCUGGUGCGCGCGGAGGUGGACGCGCUGCGGCACGACUUCAACCUCCGCGUCAAGAAGAUCCUCUUCAACUCCAUUGUCGGAACUUACUAUUCCAGCUUCAUCCCGUGCACCUUUGCUCCGCCGUUCCUGUACUACGACGUGUACGCAGCGGCGCAGCAGAUAGGGCUCGUGUGGUUCGGGCUAUUUGGCCGUUACGCUAGCCAGCUGGUGCCCGCGGCGUACACCGACGUGCCGCAUCGCGCCACGCUGCACCUCGGCCGUUGGAGACCGGAUACGACCAUUGUUGACAUGGGUGGUGAAGUUGUGGCGUGGUCGGGUGGGCGCUUGUGGUCGCGUGGUGCACGAGUGGCGGCACGUGGCAGCGUGUUUGUGGCGACGUCAAACUGCGUGGCCGCUACGCCGAUGGACUCUCAUCAUACACGGUUUUACGUGGUGUUCGAAAAUCCUUCCUUACUAAUCUGUGUACUUGUCUGUAUGCAGCUCUCGUUAAUAGUGGUGCAACUCUCGUUACUUUUUAGCGGGUCGCAGUGGCACUACUUUCUCUCAAUAGUAAUAUUACUUUUUAUCAACUACUACACUCUAUUCAAGCAGACUCGUGAUUACUUAGUCUCGAGUAAAGUUUAUAAGGCGGAGAGUAUAAUACAGGACAAAAAUGGUCUGACCGCUUCCAAUUAAUAAAAUGUAUCAUAGAUGUGUAUCCUUCUUAAGCGAAUUAUCUCUAGAUGCGCAACUAGACGCCGCACAAGUUUCAUGAAUACGAAAAUAUAAAAAUAAAAUUUGUUCUUUUAAUCAAUUACGCGGUUUAAAUCCGGAAAAACAGUUUCAUUUCCCAUGUAUAUAUAAAUUGAAUUCAAUUUCAUUCAUAGCGUAUAUCCAAAUUAUUUUUAACCGACUUUAAAAAAAGGUGGAGGUCCUCAAUUCGACUGUAUGUUUUAUUGUAUGUAUAUUACGCGAUAAUUCAGGCAUUGUGAACCGAUUUUGACGAAUCU